CCUAUUUUGAUGCCUAAUCAGAAUUAUGCUAUCUAACCGAGACUUACACAUCUUCAUAACCGUUUUCCCUAGUACAGUGACCAAGAAAGCAGCCAUUAUUGCUUUGAGGAAAGAUCAAAAUAAUUAUGGACAACACCAUCAUCAUGUUAUCACUUAUUUUCUUUCUUCUACUUUCCUUCAUAAGAACCACCACUUCACUAGGUAGUUUUAUUAGUUUAGCUCUGAAUCAAUCUCUUCAAGACGGUGAGACCUUAGUCUCUUCAGGUGGAACAUUUGAAGUUGGUUUCUUCAGCCCUGGAAAUUCAACAAACUGAUACUUAGGUAUAUGGUACAAAAAUGUGUCCCCUUUAACAGUUAUAUGGGUUGCCAACCGAGAAAUACCACUUGAGAGCAAUUCCGGAGUUUUGAAACUCAACCAAAACGGUGCACUUGUGAUUCUCAGUGGCACAAACAGCACAAUUUGGUCCUCAUUCAACAACACACCGGGGAAAUCGAGUAAUCCAAUCGCGCAAGUCUUGGACUCGGGAAAUCUUGUGUUGAAGAAUACAGAAACCAAGGAGAGAAAUGAUUUUCUGUGGCAGAGUUUUGAUUAUCCAGGCGAUACGUUCGUGCCGGAGGAAUGAAGAUCGGAUGGGACUUAGUAACUCGAAAAGAAUAUUUCUUAUCAUCUUGGAAGAGCGACGAUGAUCCGUCCGAGGGAGAGUAUUUUCUAAGAAUAGUAACAAAAGGAUAUCCACAGUUUUUCACAUUCAAGGGAUCAAAAAAGAUAUUCAGAGGAGGAUCUUGGAAUGGAGUGGGUUUUUCAGGUUAUCCAACUCAUCAACUGUCACAAUAUAGACAACGAUUUCUCAUGAAUGAUAAACAAGUGUUUUUAGAAUGCGAUAUACUUGACAAAUCAAUUGUCUCAAUAUAUAAACUAAGAGCUUCUGGCCUAGGACAAACUUACGCUUGGACUAAUCAGAGUAACACCAGAAAUGUCAUCUCCACCGGCGUUCAAGACGAGUGCGAACGCUUCGCUUUGUGCGGUGCCAACUCUGUAUGCAUUCUCGAUGGUAAUCUUCCAACCUGUGAAUGCCUGAAAGGCUAUGUUCCUAAGUUUCCUGAACAAUGGAAUAUAUCGUAUUGGUCUAACGGUUGUGUUGCGAGGAAUGUUAAAUCUGAUUGUGUCAAUGGAAGUAGCAGUGAUGGGUUCUGGAAAUAUACAGAGAUGAAAUUGCCGGACACUUCUUUUUCAUGGUUCAAUGAGAUCUUGAGCCUUGAGGAUUGUCGAAACAAGUGUUUGGAGAAUUGUUCUUGUACUUCUUAUUCGAACUUGUAUGUUCUUGAUGGAGGGAGUGGCUGUUUACUUUGGUUUGAUGAUAUGGUUGACAUGAGGAGAUUCACUCAAGGGGGACAAGAUCUUUAUAUCAGAGUCCCUGCUUCUGAACUAGAUAAUGGCCGCAGAAAGAAGAUGAUGCUAAUAAUAGGAAUAACAGUUGGUGGGAUUAUUUUUGGAUUAACAUGUGCCUGCGCAUUGAUACUCAGAAAGCGAGGGGUAGCAAGAUUUAUUUACAGGAAGCAUUAUGAAAGUAUACUGAAAAAAGAAGAGAUUUAUCUACCAACAUUUGACUUUUCAGUCAUUGUUAAAGCCACUCAAAACUUCUCAAGCUGUAACAAACUAGGUGAAGGUGGUUUCGGACCAGUAUACAAGGGCACAUUGACAAAUGGUCAAGAGUUAGCUGUGAAAAGGCUUUCGAAAAAUUCUGGACAAGGAUUGGAAGAGUUUAAAAAUGAAGUGGUGUUGAUAGCUAAACUUCAGCAUCGUAAUCUUGUAAAGCUUCUUGGAUGCUGCAUAGAGGAAGAAGACAUAAUGUUGAUCUAUGAAUAUAUGCCCAAUAAAAGCUUGGACAACUUUAUUUUCGAUGAAACUAGAAGGCACCUGCUGGAAUGGCCUAAGCGUUUCAAUAUUAUUUGUGGCAUUGCUCGAGGACUUCUUUAUCUUCAUCAAGAUUCUAGGUUAAGAAUUAUUCAUAGAGAUCUAAAAACCAGCAAUAUUCUACUUGAUGCAAAUCUGGAUCCAAAAAUAUCUGAUUUUGGCUUAGCUCGAACGUUGUUAGGAGAUCAAAUUGAGGCAAAUACAACUAAAGUUGCUGGAACAUAUGGUUAUAUGCCUCCUGAAUAUGCUGUACGUGGGCAUUUCUCUACGAAAUCAGACGUCUUCAGUUAUGGAGUGAUAGUUUUAGAGAUUGUAAGUGGAAAAAAGAUCAGAGAAUUUUCCGAUCCAGAACAGUGUCAUAAUCUUCUUGGAUACGCAUGGAGGCUAUGGAGUGAAGGAAGACAAUUAGAACUACUAGAUGAAGCAUUAGGGGAAAGGUUCACACCUUCUGAAGCAACAAAAUGCAUACAAGUUGGCCUACUAUGCGUUCAACAAAGGCCAGAAGAUAGGCCUAACAUGUCAUCUGUUGUUUUGAUGCUAAAUGGUGAAAAAUUAUUGCCCAAUCCAAAAGUUCCUGCAUUUUACAUUGAAAGAGAUACCAUUCCUGAAUUAGAUGCUUUGUUGGAAAAUUGCAUGUCGCGAAAUGAAGUUUCCAUCACAGUGUUAGAAGCUAGAUAAAGUACAAAGACAAAAAGUACAAGGGUGAACCUACUAAUUAUUCAAUACAUUGCUGGUUUAAAAGAAUUGUACGGUAUUAUGCAA